AUGGGCCAUAACAUAUCAUCAAUCAAUGGUGUCAAGUCCGACAACUUCUAUGAGCAGGGCAAUGGGAUCAAUGAAAUCUGGGUGGACGACCUCGAAGUGAUCUCACGAUUGCCGUUCGGCGAUUCAGACCUGGGUCAAGCCGGUUGGCCUGCAGGCAACUGGCCGAAAAUCCCGUGGCAUCAGUUCAUAAUUCCACUCAAACGUGAUCUCAACUCCACCAGCAACGUCAAAAGGGUCAACGUUUCCAACAACACCCUUACGAUGACAGAAACCGUUGCUUGCUGCCCAUGUCUUAAAACCUAUCCGGAGAUCGGGUACUUCGGGAUUUACAAGAACUGGAACCCAUCCGCUGCUGUAAAUUUUGGGAAUGCUAUGAUGGCUUUUGGCUUCGUUGUGCUAGGAUCUCUCCUCUUUUUGCUCCAAUGGAAUGAGGUUCUCAUGGACUUGCAUGGAUUUAUGCCGGAUAACGCUGCCGUCAGUGCAGCAAUCAGCAAGCCUCCCAUCCGCGCUCAAAGCAGUAUGCUAGCCGUGAAAGAUCAAUCAGGUCCCGAAGUUCACUUCGAAAAUCAUAAGUGGGCUGUCAUCACGAUCACGACAUAUAUCAGCUUUCAGCUUCUCAUGAACAUGCUUCUAUUUCGCUUAUGGGGCUCAAAAGUGAGGAAGGAUACGGAUAUUUCGCGGAAUCUUGAGCAGAAUCAGAAUUCUGCUUUCCCUAUGAGAAAUCUAACUUCGGACAACCCCAGGGUGACUUUUAUUCAAAUCAGAGAGAUUGAGGAGCCCACAGCUGGAGAUGCUUGA